AUGAUUCGUAAAAAGGCAAAGAGAAAGGCAACUAAAUUAUUGGAAGAACGUAAACCUAAAGUCAUAGAGGAUCCAAAGAAAUCUCUCAUUCUAUCGGGUCGGAAAGUCAAUAAAGAAUUAAAGACUCUCCUUCAGGAUUUGCAUCGGUUACGUUCUCCCUUCUCCACCAAUUUUACUCAACAAUUGCAUGAUUUGUUGCCUUUUGAAGAAGUACAACCUUUAGAGAAAUACGUUAAAAGUGAAGAUACAUCAUUGUUUUUAAUUGGUUCUCAUACAAAGAAGAGACCAAAUAAUAUUAUUAUGGGACGAUGUUUUGAUCAUCAGAUAUUAGAUAUGGUUGAGUUCGGAGUGAGUGAUUUAAAGCAAAUGGAAUCAAAAGCAAGUCUUUUAAACGUAUUCGGAAGUAAACCAUGUAUUAUCUUUAAAGGAGAUGAAUUUAAAAACAAUCCAGAAUUUGAAUCCAUAAGGUCAUUGUUUAUUGACUUUUUCAGAAUGGAAGAUACACCUGAAGUGAAUCUAUUAGGUCUAGAUCAUGUGAUUUCUAUUACCAGCCUCGAUAACAAUACUUUGGCCUUUAAUCAUUACAAGAUUAAUUUUGAAAAGAGUGGACAAAAGACGCCUCAUGUCGAAUUGGUUGAUAUUGGUCCCUCAAUGAAGCUCCAAAUCCGAAGAAAGAGAUGGGCUUCAGAUGACAUGAAAAAGAACGCAAUGAAGGUUCCUGAUGUUUUGAAGAAGAGUAAGGACCGUCUGAAGAAUGUGUUCAGAGAUGAAUUGGGCAAUGUUCAAGCAAAGAUUCACGUCAAACAACAAGAUAUCAGCACUAUUGGUACAAAACGAUACAAGGCAAUGCGCAAAGGUGUUGCAGAGGAAACUGAAAAGAAGGUUGACAUGAUGGAACAAUUGAACAAGUUUUUACACGGAAAGAGAAAGUACAAAGCAGGCUCUGAUUCUUCAGCUAAUGGUGAGAAUGGUGAUGCUACCUCAAACGGUGCGCCAUCAACAACCACAGAACCAUCAAAGAAGAAAGUUAAAAAGUAA